UCACUAUCACCUUAUUUUCCAAUUUAACACGGUAAUAAUCUCACCUAUUUAAUAACCAUCUCAUUCUCAUACAGGCAACUCCCAACAUACCAAAUCAGCAAAAAAAAUAAAAAAUAAAACACAAAUAUGGAAGAAUUGGCCACAGGAUUUCGAUUUUUCCCAACAGAAGAAGAGCUCAUCUCAUUCUAUCUUCACCACAAGCUUAAAUUAGAAGAUGAUGAAACCAGCAACAUUCACCGCGUCAUACCAAUCCUCGACAUCUACCGCCUUGAUCCGUGGCAACUCCCAUCACAUUGCGGGGAGCUAUGCCAUGGUGACAUGGAGCAGUGGUUCUUCUUCAUGCCACGACAGGAGAGGGAGGUGCGUGGGGGGCGUCCCAGCCGCACCACCGCCUCCGGCUACUGGAAAGCGACAGGGUCGCCGAGCUAUGUGUACUCGUCGGAGAACAAGGUGAUCGGCGUGAAGAAGAGCAUGGUGUUCUACAAGGGGAAGGCGCCCACCGGAAGAAAGACUAAGUGGAAAAUGAAUGAAUAUAGAGCUAUUAAAGAAGAUCUCACUACUUCCAUGCCCAUGUUGAGGCACGAAAUGUGUGCAUUGGAGAUGCUCUAA